UCCAUCAGUUAGUCCUAGUGUCACCUCGCCGCCAUGUUGAGUCGACGGCUCGGCGCGCUGUUCGCGCAGGUGAAAGAAUCCACGGGCAUCGUGGGCCUCGAUGUUGUCCCCAACGCGCGCCAGGUGCUCAUCGGGCUCUACAACCAAACCCUGAGCGCCGUCCAGGUGAUUCCUCAGGAGGCCGUGUACAGGCAGAACGUGGAGGCGCUGACGCGGCACCGGCUCGCGGUGUGCGAGGAGGAGGAGGAUCCGGAGCGGAUCGAAUCUCGCGUGCAGUGCGGACAGGUGGAGGAGUUGAUCGAGCAGGCGCAGGACGAGUUAGAACUGAUCCCUAAAAUGGCCGAAUGGAAGCCAUGGGAGGUACCAGAAGGCCAUAAGAUAGAGAUUGAUGAAACAUUUGGAGACACCCCCUCUCAGGUGCCGGACCACAGAAGCUGAGCCACCUUGCAUUGCAUUGCAUCAGUAUUGAUUGUAACAACCACCACACGAUUAAUUCGUGAUUGUAAUGACGCUUUACCUUGCAAAUGCACAAGUUCUUUUAUCGCAUGGU